AUGGCAGAAUGUGGUUUGGAAGACACUGUGAUAAAUCUAUCAAAGUGGAGAUGCAUGGAAGUUAGUGAUGGAAAGAUUUCAGACAAAGCUACACCUACAAUUAAGAAUGUAGCAUUCAUUGAAGCCGAAACAGAGGAGCAGUUACUGGAAACAGUGAAAUUGGUAGCAGAUGAUAAACAGGUUUUGCGGGAUAGCAUGUUGGAUCCAUCAAAAAGAAGUAUCGAUGGAACAGAAAUUGUGAUUAAUUUUUCAAAACAGAAAUCUAAACUCCAUGCAUUGGGAGUGACCAAGGAGAGCAAUACAGGUUAUUCUGGGCUGUCAAACAUGACAACAGAAAAUGAUAGUGGUGAAGUACAAUCAUCAAAGAAGAAAACAGAAGUAGAACAAGUAGACCAUGGAGUUAAAAGUCUAAUCCAUACAAGUGAGGCACAUGUGCAGAUUUCUGAAGAUAAGGCAGGUAAUGAGGCAGUGAAAAGUGAUGAUACAGAAGCAAUAGGAGAGAAUUGUAUGGAAAAUACAAGUGACAACAUUAAAAAGAUGUACAAUGCUGAACACCCUGAUGAGACAUUCCACCAAACCAAGACUAGUAGGAGUCAUAGUUCUGAACAAAAUGUGUUCUCUGGUGAGGAUGCUGAAGCUACAUCAGAAGAUAGUUCAGGCAGGACUUGCCAAGCAACAGUAGAUAUCAAAUCUAAGGAUCAACAGAAAUCAAUUGUCAAUGAAGAUGUAGGUUUGGAUGCAAAUGGUAUAGAAAGGGUAAAGGUUUGGAACAGAAGUACAACCAACAGUGAGAAACAGGCUCUGUAUUUUGACUCAGAAGACAUGUAUGGUGGACACAGUGUUUCAAGUGAUGAUAUCACUACCCUGACUGAAUCCCUGAGGUUAUUGAAGACCAAUGGGUGCAGUGACAUGAGUGGAUCAACUAUUCCUCAGCCAUGUAAGGAUGAUAACAUAUAUGGUUUCAACAGAAAGAAUAAAGUAAAGUUAACAUCUUUCAGCAAAGGGACUAUUCUUGAAGAAAUUGAGAAAUCAACCAGUGAAUUGAAUAUCAGUAUGUCAGCAGCCAAGAAUUUUAUUGAUGAUAAAAUAAGUCUUGAUAAAGAAACCGAUCUACUUGCUGUUGGCCAAAAUGAAAUAGAAAAUGAUGACAAUCAAUCCAUUAGUGAUACAGACACUACUACUUAUGAAUAUAUGCAGGGAGACCUGUCAGAAGGGGAUGCCAGUCAACAUGAUGAAAUAAUGUCUAAGAAUACAUUUGUUACAUCUACAUUUCUGUUUGUGGAUGACUUUAGAGAAGAAACUAAAAAAAAGGAAGUUGAUGGCUUAGAUAUUGGUAUGGCCAAGAACCACACUGAGCAACAUAUUAGUGACCUCGCACCCAGGUACCAGGAUGAUAAUCUUUCUCUGACUGAAAGAAAUGUCUGUACAUCAGAAUUGAAAGAAAGGCUGUAUACACUGGAUUCGGCUAAGUCUAAAUAUGGCUUUAAUACCAACAGAGAAGGUGGAACUUGCAUGGUGAAGCAGACAAAGACUGAUUUUCAGAUGGAUUGUGAUUGUGAGUCUUCUACAGAACAUGGUCUUCCAAAUGAAACAGUAAUAUCGAAAGACAAUGUAGACACAGUUCAUGAAAUCUCUAAAUAUGACUUUGAACAAACUGGUGACCCUGGUAUAAAUAUCCUUGAGAAUCGAUGUUUAGGAAACGCUGAUUCAACUGAUGGACAAAUGAUUAAAAGUAAAGAAAAUAGUACUGUCAAACAAGCUGAGAUUGAUGCAUUUGCUUUGCCUAAUUCUAACUGUAGUGGGGAUGGAUAUAUUGUGGGAAGAAAAGAAAACCACUGCAAUGCUAUAAAAGAAGCCACCACUGAAAGGGCUGAUACACAGAUGAAAACGAGCAAAUACAAUACAAAUGAAAUAGUGAUAUUCAAGAAAGGAAGUUUCAGGAAACAUAAUUUUCCCAAAGCUUAUUUGCCAAUACAGCGAGAUGAAGCAGGAAAACCCAUUAUUUUUUCAAGUUUUAAACAAUUUGCUAUUGAUGAGACAUUUCUUAGGCAGCAGGUGAGGGGCAAAAGAAGGAAGGCAUAUCUCAAAUGCCAGUUGUGUCCAUGUGCUGUUGAACAUCGCGCCAGUCUUAAAAGACACUAUUUUGUGCAUCAUGUUGAAGACAAAUUUAAAAACCUUUCAGGAAAGUCAAGAAAGAUGAAAAUCGCAGAACAAAAUGAAAAAGUUUGUAACAGAGAUAUCGGUUCCAGGAGACAAAUUCAUAAUAGGACAUUGCCAAAUACUACAUGCAAUAGUAUAAAUGUUCAGGAAAAUGAAUUACCAAAUUCACGCAAACUGCGAAGUGCAGUGUACCAUGAGAAACAAAACAAGAAAGAUAGUGCCAUGUUGUUUAAUGAAGAAGAUGUUGACGAUGAAGUUGGUGAUCAUAAACCACUAUAUCCUUGCAAAAUUUGUGGACAACUUCUCAAAUCUCACAAAUAUUUAGUUGAACACAUGAGUUCACACACCAAUCAAGAGAUUAUUAAUUGCCCCGAAUGUCCCCGACAAUUCUUAUGUAAAGCAGCACUAGACAGACAUUUUCUGAUGCAUAGUGGAGAUAAGCUGUACAGUUGUACAUAUUGUGAUAAUAAGUUUUCAACAUUAGAUGGUUGGAGAAAACAUGAAAAACUGCAUUCCGGAUUUAGACCACACAAAUGUGAUAAAUGUAAAAUCACUUUUAUUCAUGAAACUGAUUUACAGAGGCAUAUGAACAUGAAGCACACAGAUAAUGAUGGCUCAGAAGAGGUAAAAUCUCCAUGCACAAAUCCAAAUGCAACAGUUGAUCAAAAUGAUCACUCAAAAUCUCCUAAGAACCAUAAAUGUACAAUGUGCCAAAGGAUAUUUCGUAAGUCAAGUGGUUUAAGACGGCAUAUGAACCUUGUUCAUAAAUAUUUCAGACUGAAACCUAUGAAGUUUGCAGAUUAUUCACAAGAUGUUACUGACAUUAGCAGUGAUUCUAGUCUUGAUGGUUUUAUUGAAGCAGAUAACUUUAAAGAUGCGGUUUCCGAUAGUCUAUGUCAAUACUUGGAUGGAAAAAUAAUAUCUGAGAAACAAAAAACAGUAACACCGGUAUUACAUUCAUCAAAAGAAGCCAUUCCAAAAAUCCGAAUAUCUAUAAAAGACAACAUAUAUGAGCAACAUAUUACUCCACCAAGUGCUGCAACUAGACCACCGUUUCUAGGAAGCUCCGGCCCAAGAGAUUUUAAUCCUUCAGUUAUGAAAAGAAAGACAAAACAAAUUGAUCAGAGUUUAACAGAAACUGUUUCAUCCAAAGAGUCUCCAGCAACCUGUACCGGAAAAAAGUGUCCAAGUAGUAGCAACAUACUUUCGGAAGUGCGAGAUUUAACUCCUGCUAGCUCAAAAGCUCAGCUUAGACUUCCCUCCAAGUUAAUGUCAGUGGAAAUGCGAAAGGCCACAAGACAUAGUUCUACUUCAAGUAAAACAAUGACCACACAUAAACAACACGAAUUUAUAAAUGUGCCACAAUCAAAGGAACAGUUCAACCAACCAACUACCCAAUUUACAAUUUCACAAGAUUCUGUCAUUCCAAGAACGUCAUGUUUGCAGCCUUCUACUACACAUUUGCAAUACCCUGUUCCUACCAUACCCAUAAUACAGCAGUAUGUACCCAUUCAAAAUGCAAGACCUUCACACCCAUCAACGCAUAACAAUAUAGGAAGCAUGUCACAUCUAGUAGCUAGUGUACCAACACUACAACAACCUACCAGAAAUGUAAACAAUCAAGUAGUAGGACCACAACAAACACAACGUUACAUUGGAAAUAGUCCACAACCUGUAACGUGUAAAUCUACAGAAUCAUAUGUGGUGUCCAGCAAUUCAACAGUGCAAUUAUGUACGGGGAGUACUCAGCGAGCUAAUAUAAGUGGUGGAACAAUUCAAAAACACACAUCGUUGCCGAGUCUAGUCAGUAGUAACCCAGCACUGCGGCAUGCUAUUAUGACUUGUCCAUCCAUGGAACAACGACCUGUUUACCAAAGAUACAUGCAUGUGGCACCAAACGCAACAUUGGGACAUCAAAUUUUAACAGGAAACACUCCGGUUUCAACAGCACAGCAUGAGAAUGUUUAUACAGGAAAUCGGCAAUCUGAUGUACAACAAAAUUCACAAUUGUUAAACCUUGUUAAUGCACAGUCUCCGGCUAUUACUCCAAUACUGCAGCACUAUGUCUACUCUGGAAAUUCACAAGUAAACCCCAGACUAUCAACACCGCACUUCCAGCAAGUGGCAACCAGUAUACCAAAAGCCACACGUAACAUUCACAAAAGUAACGUGUUAGUGACGCACAGUGCUCAAAAAAAUGUUGUCCCGCAUCAUUUUGUACAAUCUACACCCGGUCUCUUGAAACAAAACGUACAACAAUCAUUUGUCAGCAUUGCUCCCGCACAGAGUAUGAAAUCAACUCCUUGUUUGGUAUGGACAUCUGCAUAUAAUAAUUUUCAAUCAGCGUCAACAUCCAGUCAAGGUAUCAAUCUUGAUACAGCAAAACAAACUAUUUUGAUGUCUGAUGCUCCAUUUUCAAAACGAAAUUUUUGUAAAAGACAAAGAGUAAGCGCUCCUGUUAAACAAUACUUUCCAACAAGCACUGCAAAAACAAUUCCACAGCUGUUGAAUAUGAAUCCAGCAACAGUGCAAACGUCAAACAUUGCUAAAACUGUGCCACCACCGUUGUUCUUUGUUGCACCAAAUACAGCGACUGUGAAACCGAAUACUUUACAAGUUCCAGUGUCUCAGCUCACUAGUAACCCAUCAACACCAAAUAUGCAAUCGAUUCUAAAACCUGCUGAAAGAAAUGUGGCUCAUACUAUGGCACAACAGACUGCAACGACAAAAACUAUAUAUACACUGGGUGGUCAGGCAAUUCCCACAGCUUGUUACGCAAUAAAUAAUGUCAAUGCUCUGUCCACAUUGUCUACUCCAGUUAAACGAAAGACAACUGAAAAGGAUAAUUGUUGUGAUUUGCCUGUUAAAAUCCCAAACCUCAAUUGUCAGAGUUCUCUUACAAAAAUGAAACAUGUAUCAAGAAAACAACAGCCACACUCUGCAAUCGUUGUUGACCUGACUACUGACUCAUCUGAAGGAAACUGUGCUAAACCACAAACUGCCCCUUGCCAGCAGAACAUCCCAUUCAGUGAUUCUUGCCUGGAUCUAAGCAUGUCAGGUCUUAAUAAACCACCAAAUCUUAUGCAAGGCUUAGCUACUAAGAAUGUCAAUCAAAGAGGUGGAACUGUGACGAAUGACAAUGUACGAACAGCCAAAAGUGAUACGUUAUUCGCAUGUAAUGUUUGCAGGCAAGCGUUUUAUUCUGUGGAGGCUUUAAGAGAGCAUGUAGUAUUACAUGGAAAUGAAUGGAAAUUCAAAUGUGAAAACUGUGCUCAGCUGUUCAAAUAUACAAAAGACUGCGAGACGCAUGCUCUACUGUGUGCUGCAAGACAUGAUAAAAUGAGAUCAACACAAAUACAAGAAAGAGCCUCCUCUGGAAACGAGUUAAAUAUACAAGAGUCUAUCGAAAAGAAUGAUUUGACUGUUGCAGAGCAUUUGACAACUAAAUCAGUGGAUUUCCGUGGAAGCACUGAAUGUCAACGUUGUGGCAGAGGGUUCACUAACUGGGAAAACUUGCAAAAACACAAUAAAAUGUGUCCAAAUAGAGACAAAAUGAGAAUCGCUAAUUGGACAAGGGACCUCACGAAAAUGAUGUCCACAUACGACAAGAAUGGUCAACAACUCAUACAACAUCACAAGUGCCCACAUUGUCAAAGGAAAUUUACUUACAUACAAAGUCUGAAAAAGCACAUUGAAAUUUGUAUCAACAAAACCGCUGAUGCACAACAACGGCCUACUGCACUUAAUGAGUCAUCAUCGGAUAUUAACAUACAAAAUCGAAAUAGCACUGAAGAACAAAUGACAAGCAGGGCCACUAAUGAACGGAUUAUGACUACACAGUUAUUGGAAGAUCGACCCAUGCGAACGAAGGAGGGUGGAACGCGAAAACGACGAGCUGGUGUUCAGAAACAAUCAUUGACUAUGCAAAGACAAGAUCAAUUAAUUAGUAAUAGAGUUGAUUGUAUUGAUGAACUUGACGUAACACGCAUUGAACAAAUGGCUCACAUGAUCCAUGAAAAAGCCUUGAACCAGGCGAUGGAAAAGAAAAGAAAAAAAGAAGAGAAAGAAAGAAUUGAAGCAAUUCUGAUAGCAAAGAAUCAACAAAGUGAAAGUCUUGAAACUGUACCACAAAAGCGUUACAGAGUCUCGUCACCAAAACAUAAUUCGUUGAAAAUAUAUAGAGAUGAUAGGCAGACUGGUGUUCUGCAGAGUGAUUAUGAAAAGGUUGGUGGUAUGCCACACAUGAACGGUAGCUCUAAACCUCAUAAACCCAACCCAGUUAAAACAUACCCAAUUAGAAGAAUCGUACACAGUGGAAUGGGAGAGACUUACGUGAAUAACUUCCUUGCCUCACUGAAUAUACUGCGUAUACACCACAAGACAUUAAAGAAAAGAGAAAGAGAAGCAGGUGUUGGUAUUGAGAAUGUUACAAAACGACUGUGUGUUAAAGCUAUAACUGAAGAACAAAAACUUAGUUCACAUGAAAAUCAAGUUGAUAUUUUCUUUGAUGGUGCAUGA